GUCGGCAUUCUGUGAUGAUGUUACUAACUCGCAGAUGUAACAAACGGUAUCAACCUUAAAAUCUAGUAUGACGUUUAUUAUACAAGCAGCUGCUUGGGUUCCAUCAAAAUACGGUACUGUUAGUGAUCGGCUAGACCGAGAGAUCUAAACCAGUCAACGGAUACACUGCGCUGUGCGACCGUAACCGAAAGAGCGUGCCACGAUUUUUUCCGCGCCGAAGUCCACCGAGUCCCGAGAGAGAACACGAUGACGGACCUAACAGAGCUACGAAUGAACGUGGCCGCUCUGAAGCGGGUGGACCCUUAUGUGAAGGAUAUCCUAGGGACCGCGACUCACGUAGCACUUUAUACGUUCAACGCGGUCAAUAAUGAAUGGGAGAAAACCGACAUCGAGGGUGCUUUAUUCGUCUACUCGCGAAAUGGCGAGCCGUACAACAGUGUACUAAUCAUGAAUAGAUUAAAUACCAAUAACCUAGUGGAGCCAGUCACGCAAGGCUUAGACCUGCAACUGCAGGAGCCCUUCUUGUUGUACAAGAAUGCUAGAUGCAACAUAUACGGUAUCUGGUUCUACGACAAAGAGGAGUGCGUACGCAUCGGUGCAAUGUUGAACAAGCUUGUGAAAGAAUCAGAAUAUAACCGCAAGACCAGCAGCAAAGCAUCUGCUAACAUAAAAAAGAGUACUGGACCUAAUGUAAACAAUGUCGACAUAUUUACCAUGCUCAGCAAAGCUCAGAAAGAUUUUAAUACUAAUAGAAAUAGCAGUGGCGGUGGGGAAAGCACGAUCGAAGAUCUUGGCUCCAAGUCCCCGAUAGACACCCCCACCGUAGAGGGCACUUCCGGGCCUCUGACUGCUCCAUUAGGUCCAGAUGUUACUUCCCAAAGUGUGAUGGACUUCUUUGCCAAGGCAAAAGUUAGUACUCCCAUCAAACAUAACCAGGUGAACACAGGGGUGUUGGUCGGGGAACAACCGACACCCGGGGGCGCGGCUGCUAGCGAAAGCAAGCCGCUGCUGGCUCGGUUGAUGUCUCAUCCAGCGGCUCACACGGUGGAACACAUCGAGAAGCAGCACAGAUCGAUCACUCCGCAACCAACUACUAACACUUCUCAGCAAUCGCAGGCUGCGCCUUGUCAGACGGGCGUAGUCUCUUCGACCCGAUCGAAACGGCGAAACAAAACGUCCUCGCAGCAGGAUUCAAUGAUAUCGACACCGAUAUCCACGAGCCACAACGUGACGCCAUCUGCCAAUCAAAACGCGACCGACACGAACGGCACUGCUGGUUUCCUUAGGAUACAGUCGCCUACGAACACGUCCUUGAACUCCACGAGCAACCACCAGGCCUCAGACAUUGUCGUUGGCUCUAACAAUUCGAAUCCGCUCGCGUCUCUGUUCGCUCAUGCAUCCGCAACAACGGCUUCGGAAGAGACUGUUCCGUCAACCACGUUGUCGGGAAGAGGAUCAGCUCCGGCAUUAAUACCUCCAGUUAUGUUCGCCGCACCUAGCCCCCCCGAACCACCGGUCAGGCCUUUAGAGCCACUGACGAGGAACCAGCUUCUGCAGGCCUUCAAUUAUCUGUUGAGGAGCGACCCGGAUUUCAUCAACAAGCUCCACGAGGCUUACGUGAAAUCGUUCGGUGAAAUUCUGUCCUAAAGCCGUGAACUGUUAACGUGACGUAACUGGAGAACCCGUUAUGCGGGUUAUGACGGUCGACCGUGCGGCAACGAGGGAACACGGCCGAGUAAAACCCUGGCGUCGUGUCCCCGUUGUGUGCCGGCAGCUUUAGCAUAUAAUUCGGGCUGCGAGGAAACAUGAGAGAGUCUCUCAACCGAACACACCGACUGGCAACGCCCAAUUUCUGCUUGGAGGGAGGGCGAAGGAUAUAGAUUAUAAAUGGAGAUACAUACCUUAAACAGUAUUUUUAUAAAGUAAUACAUUUUUCUCCCAAGGAAAGUGAUCGAGUAGCUGGUGGGAACGCGUUAACAAGGUAUGGAGUAAGAGAGCGAGAGAGAGAGAGACGACGGCGUAACAAGCGAAUACACAUACACACAGAAAAAAGAGAGACAGAGAGAGAGAGAAAGAGAGAGAGAGAGAGAGAGAGCGACAUGAAACACUUCACAACACUUUCUCACACAUACACAACACGUGAACAGUACGGAUAAACGAAAUACGGAAAAAAACGAAAUUGUCAGAGGAGACAUACGGCGAGGAGGAACGUGAAAAUUGUACGAUUUUAAACUGUGAUGCCAAAACAUUUAUAUUAUACUAGCGUUUUAUGGUUACUACUAUUUCGGAGACAGAGCGAAAGAGACAAAUUUUUCUGAGCCGAUCAAAUGGAAUACCUAUUUUACAGAGUAAUGACAUACCCCCUCCUAUAUAUCGGGUAUUCGAUAUGGUAUGUGUAUGUAAUUAAUAAAGUAAAAAAAGGAGCAAAUAAAUAGAGACCGAUUACUGAAAAAA